AUGAACCAUUUAAGAGCGUGUAUUAGAUCAAUUGGACACCUCCGACCCGCAUACUCCUCAUCUCACGCUAUCUCCGCCAACCCCACCUUCACAUCAGCACUCAAUCCAGCUUCUAUCCGACGCACCAUGGCUUCCGCAAUGGCAAAGCGCCUCGAAGGCAAGACUAUUGUUAUCACCGGUGCCUCAUCGGGAAUUGGAAAGAGCACUGCUAAGGAAUUUGCGCGCACAUCACCUAAAAACCUGAAGCUCAUCCUGACUGCGCGCCGCAUCGAUACAUUGAAGGAGGUCGCGGAGGAGAUUAAACAGGAAGUUGGCGAUGGUGUCCAGGUUCUACCUGUCAAGCUCGAUGUCAGCAAGCCUGAGGAGAUCAACAACUUUGUGUCCUCCCUGCCGGAGGAAUUCAAGCAGAUUGACGUCCUUGUCAACAACGCUGGCUUGGUCAAGGGCGUUGCUCAGGCACCUGAAAUCGCUGCCGAGGAUUUGAAAAUCAUGUUUGACACCAACGUCACCGGUCUCAUCAACAUGACCCAGGCUAUUCUGCCCAUCUUCAAGAAGCGCGACGAGGGUGGCCGUGGUGAUAUCAUUAACAUUGGGUCCAUUGCUGGCCGUGAGCCUUACUCUGGUGGUAGCAUUUACUGUGCCACCAAGGCUGCCGUCCGUUCCUUCACAGAUGCGCUGCGCAAAGAACUCAUCGCCACGAGAAUUCGUGUCAUUGAGAUUGACCCCGGUCAGGUUGAAACUGUAUGUUAUCACCGGGAAUUUAUGUCCUUUCUUGAUCAGGAGUUCUCUGUCGUGCGGUUCUAUGGAGACAAGUCCAAGGCUGAUGCUCCAUUGACUGGUGAUGACAUUGCUGAGGUUGUUGUGUUUGCUGCCGGUCGUCGUGAGAAUGUCGUGAUCGCCGAUACUCUGGUCUUCCCCAGCCACCAGGCUGCGGCCGGUGUCAUGCACCGCAAGUCCUGA